ACGGACCUUUAGAGCGGCACACCGGGCGGAAGUGUUUUGUUUUUAAAACCCGUUAGCAGGGUCGUUCUGUUUCUGAGUGUAGACAGAGCUGGAAGACGGUUGUGUCUUGUCGUCGUGUUCCAGAUAAAUGUUUGAGCUGCUGAAGUAACAAUGUCUUCAAGUGGGAGUUUGAGAGAUCUGAUGAUUGAGCGACAAACUGUUUCUCCAGAAGAAAUAUUCAAACUCUUUGAAAGAACUGUCGUCCAGUACGAGGAAGACAUCGACCAUCAGCGCAGACUGCUGGAUAUCACCUGGAAACCUGAGAUAAAGUUGUACAGAAUAGACCUCCCACAUAAACAUGUCUGCACAGAGGAGGUUCUUACUGAGCAGCAGCUCUGUAACCAGGAGAGGAACUCCAGUCUGGACCAGGAGGAACCAGAACCUCCACAGAUAAAAGAGGAACAGGAGGAUCCAGAACCUCUUAAUUUUAAAGAGGAACAAGCGGAACAAGAACAUCCCCAGAUGAAAGAGGAACAAGAGGAACCAGAACCUCUACAGAUGAAAGAGGAACAGUGGGCACCAGCAUCUCCACAGAUUAAAGAGGAACAGGAGGAACUCUUCAGCAUUCAGUGGGAAAAACAUCUUGUACUGAAGCAGGAGAUUGAUUCCUCGAUGGAGACUCCAACUGAUGAAGAAAGUGAGCACAGUGACCAUUUCCUCUCUUGCAACUCUCCUGUGUCUGAGAGCUCAGAUCAGGGAAUAAUCAACCAUGUAGACUCAGGAUCAAUGAGAAAUUCAGAGCUGAAUUUAAGAAAGAGACGUCGCAGAGACACAAGCCACAGUGAUAAUGUAAACAACUCUCUCAUGUCAGAGAGUCUGUGUGAUACUGACACAGGUAGAAAGUUUGUAACAUGUGACGUCUGUGGAAAAGCCUUUAAGAAAAAGUCCGCAAUGAAAAUGCAUUAUAGACUCCACACAGGUGAGACACUUUGUCAUUGCAACACAUUUGGUAAAAGUUUCACAAAGAGAAGUGAUUUUAUUUUAAGCACCAGGGUUCACACAGUUGAGACGCCGUUCUCUUGCGAGGCAUGCGGGAAACACUUCAGUAAAAGUAACAAUUUGACUCGGCACAUGAGGACUCAUACAGGUGAGAAGCCUUACAGCUGUGACACAUGUGGUAAAACCUUCAGUCAAAGAAGUACUUUAAUGAAACACAUGAGGACUCACACAGGUGAAAAGCCGUACAGUUGUGACACAUGUGGUAAAACCUUCAAUCAAAGAAGUACUUUAAUGAGGCACAUGAGGACUCACACAGGUGAGAAACCAUACAGUUGUGAUAUAUGUGGUAGAACCUUCAAUCAAAGUAAUCAUUUAUCAAAACACAUGAGGACUCACACAGGUGAGAAGCCAUCCUCUUGCAAGACAUGUGGGAAAUGUUUCAGUCAAAAUAGUGCUUUGACUCAGCACAUGAGGACUCACACAGGUGAGAAACCGUACCGUUGUGACACAUGUGGUAAAACCUUCACUCAGAGCAAUCAUUUAUUGCACCACAUAAGGACUCACACAGGUGAGAAACCAUUCAUUUGCAAGAUAUGUGGAAAAUGUUUUCGUCAACAUAAUGUUUUGACUAAGCACAUGAGGACUCACACAGGUGAGAAGUUGUCAUCCUGACAACUGAUCUCAUUAUCCUCUGUGAUAAGUUGAAAUUAAGUUUUUUAUUUCAGACACAACAUCCUGCACAACCAAAACGUUCAGCAGCUGCCGGACAAGGAAAAGAUAAAAACAACCAGACUUUUUUAAUGGUGAGAACUGAAAGAACAUUGCUAACAAAACAAUUCUUCCAGAGACUGUAGUACCAUGUAUAGAAAAUGGCAGUGUAUCACUUGUUUCCUUUCCACUCCCCAUAGAAACGCUCAAACCCCAAAUAUCGCAAUAAAAAUCUGGUAAUGAAUACACCUGCACCUGCAUGUACUUUUGCCAGUUUUGAAGUAAAUUGCUGGCUGAUGAUAUUGACCCUCUACUGGUGAAAGGGGGAGACAGCAACACAUAACAAUCAUCAAGUUAGUCUUUCCCAUGGACUAUAUAAAGUAGAUAUAGUGUCAAUAGUUAGAGGUUGGUUAGAAAAGUGACUGCGCAGAAAAGUAUAUCAUCAGUACAAUAUAAUAAGGACAUUUCAGCUGCCACGCCAAGAUAAACAAUGGGUCAGUGAAAGUGAGUUACCAUUUUCACUGAACGGUAACGUGAAAACCGAUCCAUUUUUCUUUUUCAGGCAUGGCAUGUUCUGUGUAUAUUUACGAUGAGGACAAAGUAGUUUUGUUCAGUUCUGAAUAAAAUAAUGAAAUACUUCAGUUCUAUUAAUAUCAAUUCCAACAAUUUCCCUGUUCAUGGUAGUUAAAGAAUUAAAAUGUAUCCAUUGCCAAGUGUGUUCAUCUUAAUUAUUUUCUCCCCACAAUUUUCCCAUUAACCUUUAUGUUGUGUGUUAUCUCUGAAAAAGUGAAGUUAAUUUUUUCAGCUUGACCUAAAACUCCACGAGUUUGUCCACACACAAAAUAAAUUGUAUAGAUUUA